UCGAGUGGAGACAGCUUCUAGAGAAAUCACUGUUAUCACUGUUUUGCAGCAUAUUUUCAACACAAUAUUUGAGAGAAAUGGAGAAACAGAUGAAGGAAUUCCUCAAAGAGGAAACUAAAUGCCAGGAAGACGGACUGAAGAACAGUCUAAAUCAGGAUGCCCGUAAUUCUUUUGAGGAGGAGGUUAACAGACUGAAGACUCUCUUGCAUGGAGAAAGAGCCAAAUUCAUCGAGGAGCACCAGAGAGCAAAUGAUUUGGAAGAGGAACUGCGCAGUGUAAAACAGAAACUGGAAAAAUAUGAGCUUAAUGGAAACAACUUUGACAGAUGCAGUGAGGCAAAAAAUGGAACGAAUGAACUUCAAAUGGAAAAUAAGGCCCUCCAAGAAGUUCUCGCCAAACUUGAAACUGACAUGACUAAUCUAGCAGAACAGGUGGGUACGUUACAGGAAGAGCUGGAGGUAGAAAAAACAAAGACAAACAAGAGUUUUUUUCAGAUCCUUAAAGGUCAAACUCCAGCUCAGACAACAGAAAUGAAGAAGGCCUUGUCACUGCUGAGGAAGACGUCUGAAGAGAAGGAGAGGCAUCUGACAGAAGAGCUGAAAAAGAUGACCAAUUCCUACCAAGACUUACUAUCGAACCAUGAUACUUCUGUUAAAGCCCUGGGACAAAAGGUGGAGACAUUGCAGAUGAAGCUGAGUGAGAAUGAAGAAGCUCAUGCUAAGGUUUUGAAAAUCAACCAGAUGCUAUAUUCAGAUUUGGAAUCGGAAAAUGAGGCACUUCAUGGACGAUUGUCAUCUCUGCAAAACGCCAGCAGAGAGAAAGAGACUUCUCUCCAGAGAGAACUGGAUCAAAUGAAAGAGGAAAACAUGGAAUUGACCAAAAAAUUCAAGACAGAUGUUUUAACACUUAAAACACGGAUAUGUUCACUGGAGCGGGAGCUGAAAGAUGACAAAGAAGCUCACGAUGAGAUGGCGAACAUUAACAAACUGCUUUAUGCAGAAUUGCAGAUGGAGAAUGAAACGCUUCAUCAAAAAAUGGCUGCAACGCGAGAUGCUUCCAAAGAGACAGAGAGAUGCAUCCAGAAAGAGCUGGACCAAGUCAAAGAUGCGACUCUGGAAAUGGUCCAAAAAUUCGAAAUUGAUAUUUUAGCCCUUAGGGAGAAAAUACAAACGAUGGAGCAGGAACAUAGAGAUGAAAGAUAUCGACAUGCCGAGGUUGAGAUAAGGAACGGGAAGAGGGCAAAAUUCCUCCACGCUGAGAAGAACCUGCUGCAAAAGGAGCUGGACGAAGUUAAACGGAAGCUCUUCUUAAACGAAGUAAAAUAUAAAGAAGAACUGGAUGCAUUAACUGCUGAAUUUGAACGGCAAAUUGCACACAAUCGCCAGAUCUCAGAGGAGCUAAAAAAGAAGGAUCAGGAGAUUGCAGAGGCAAAGGCUCCCCCACCAGUGAAGAAGUCGUUAGUGAAAAAGUUUCGCCAUGCUCUGGGUUUGAGAAAACCAGAAAAAUGGAAGAGACAGAAGGAAGAAAAUGUGUUACACUGUUCAUGUUAAGGGUCAAAACCAUGAGUCUUCUCAAAAUAAUGGAUAGAUGAAGAUUUGGAAAGAGUGAGCCAAGAACUGAUUGGAGAAUUAGAGGUGUGGUCUGGAUGUGACCCUCCUCCUGAACAUAAGUUAACAUAUUGACUUCAAUUCACCAGCACAGACCACAACACAAAGAUAUAAGUUUAAAGAUUUAGAAAAGAAGGCAUGAUGCACAGUGGCACAGUUGGUAGAACUGUUGCCUUGCAGAAAGAAGG